AUGUCAUCAGAUGUAACAACUGAUGCUCCAUUAAAGCACAACACCUCACAUCCCGCCACACAAUAUUCAAAUAUUUCCAUGUCGUCAGAUCUAACAACUGAUGCUCCAUUAACACACAACACCACACAUCCCGCCACACAAUAUUCAAGAUCUUCUAUGUCAUCAGAUGUAACAACUGACGUUCCUUCCACAGAGAACACCAUACACCCCUCAGCACAAUAUUCAUCACCCUCUAUGUCAUUAGAUGUAACAACAAUUGUCCCAUCACAAGACGAAGCAACACCUUCCUCAGCACAAUAUUCAACUGCCUCUGUAUCAUCAGAUGUAACAACAAUCACUAUAUCAACAGACGAAUCUACACCGCCCUCAACACAAUACUCAACAGACUCCAUGACGCCAGAUGUAACAGCCAUCAACCUUUCAACAGACGAAACCAUAAAUCCCUCAGCACAAUAUUCAACAUUGUCUAUGUCAUCAGACGUAACAAGUAUUGCCCCAUCGACGGAGAAUACUACGCGUCCCUCAACACAAUAUUCAAGCUCCUCCAUGAAAAGCGAUAUAACAACUGACACUCUAUCAACAAAUAAGGCAUUACAUACCACGACAGCAAGUUUUUCAACAUCACUGAAUAAUGGUAUGUAUAUAACCACUACCUAUCGAACUUGA